GCAGAGCUACAUUAUAGAAUAUAUUACUACAACUAUAUAAGAUCAUGCUCUUUGCAACGAAUAUUAUAUUUGCACUGCAGUCUUCUACAACCAUGGCUUUAUUAAAGGGUUACGGGGUGGCCAUUCUAUUAUGUGCUGUUCUUGCAGCAAGCAUAGUUCAUGGUUACAAGGAUAGUAGUAGUAGCAGCUCUAAAGCGUUUGGCAGCAGUAAGGCAGGAUCACUUGGAAGUUCUAGUGACUCUGGGGCGGCUGGAAAGAGCCGCGGCUCAGGCGGCGGUCUUGGCCUUGGAGGAGGAUCUGGAUCUGGCUCCCAAGGUGGUUUAAGCAGCGGUGGUGGUUCUGGAAGCCAAGGAGGUUCUGGCGGUUCUGAAGGCGGUCUUGGUGGAUCAAGUUCCGGUGGUAAUUCUGGUGGUUCUGAAGGUUCUAGUGGCUCUGGUGGUUCGCAAGGAGGUUCAAGCGGCUCUGGAGGUAGCCAAGGAGGAUCUGGUGGUUCUCAAGGGAGUUCUGGUGGAAGCCAAGGUGGCUAUGGAGGAUCAAGCGGAUCUGGUGGUAGCCAAGGCGGAUCCGGAGGAAGCCAAGGUGGCUAUGGAGGAUCUAGUGGUUCUAGCGGGAGCCAGGGAGGAUCCGGAGGGAGUCAGGGUGGUAGUUCUAGCGGGAACCAAGGAGGGUCGAGCGGGAGCCAAGGAGGGUCAAGCGGAAGCCAAGGAGGGUCAAGCGGAAGCCAAGGUGGUUCUGGAGGUGGAGGGAGCUACGGUUCAGGAGGCUCAGGAAGUGGCAGUGGAGGCAGCGGCCGUGGUGGUUCCGGUGGCAGUCAUGGGUCCGGUGGAUAUGGCCACAAAUCUGGCGGAUAUUAAUUUUUAACUCAACUAGUAUUCCUCACCAACGUUAAUGUUUCUUGAACAAGUUAUAUUUUUUAAUAUUUUGCAAUAAAAGAUAUUUAUAUCAAU